CGUCUUGUCUCCCGAUUUAGAUUUCAAUGGAAGCGGUUGAAAAUAUAAGAACUGUGGCUUCAUUAACUAGUGAAGAUGCAUUCUAUGAGAGAUAUAAUGCAAGUUUGAAUGGUCCAUACAGGGACUCUCUAACAAAAGCCCCCCUAUAUGGACUUAACUAUGGAACAGUCCAAUGUGCAAUCUACUUUCUUGAGGCAGCAAUCUUCAGACUCGGGGCAUGGCUCAUUGCUAAUUGUUAUACAAACUUUGAAAACGUAUUUAUAGCCUUUUUUUCAGUUCUAUAUGGUCUUAUAAAUGUUGGUCUGUCCUCUUCUUUGGAACCAGAUUUUGGCAAAGCUAAAGUUUCCGCCCAACGAAUCUUUCAGCUUUUGGAUCGGAAACCCUUAAUUGACAGCUAUAGUGAAGAGGGUACAAAACUGAGUCAGUUUGAUGGUAACAUUGAAUUCAGGGACAUCCAUUUUGUAUAUCCUACAAGACCAGAAGUUCAAGUUUUGCAAGGACUCAGCGUGAAGGUUAAUAAAGGACAGACACUAGCCUUGGUGGGGAGCAGUGGUUGUGGCAAAAGCACAUCCAUUCAGCUGCUGGAGAGAUUUUAUGACCCUAUGGCAGGACAAGUGGUAAGAAAAGAUUUGUGA